AUGAAAGAAGCAUUAGUUAGCAAGGGACCUUCCGUCGAAAUUGUCGACAGUCCCAUUCCAACGCCUGGGCCGGAUCAGGUCCUAAUUAAAGUUGUUGUGAGCGGAACAAAUCCCAAGGAUUGGAAGAUCCCCGAAUGGCUGAACCGAACUGACAACCAAGGCGAUGAUAUUGCUGGUAUUGUCGCUGCUGUCGGCGACAAUGUCACCGAGUUCAAGCCUGGUGACCGCGUCGCUGCGUUCCAUCAGAUGCUUGUGCCGCAUGGCAGUUACGCCGAGUAUGCCAUUAGCUGGCAGCAUACUACUUUCCACAUUCCCAGGUCGACAAGCUUCGAAGAAGCUGCUACGUUACCCCUUGCAGCCAUGACAUCCGCCCUCGCGUUGUACCACCACCUCGGCCUCCCUGAACCAUGGCAUCCAGCAACCUCCCGUAUCCCACUGGUUAUCUACGGCGGUGCUACAGCGGUCGGUGCCUUUGCCAUCCAGAUGGCUGUCAAAAGUGACAUUCACCCCAUCAUCACCGUCGCCGGACGUGGCAUCCCAUUCGUGGAGACCCUCAUCGACCGGUCCAAGGGUGACACCAUCGUCGACUACCGCAAGGGCAAUGAUGCAGUCGUCUCUGAAAUCAAAGAUGCCCUGAGAGCAUCUGGAUCGGACGAGACGCUCUUGCAUGCUUUUGAUGGCGUUAGCGAGGGCAGUAGCAUUACUAACCUCGGAAAGGUGGUAUCGGAGGGAGGAAAGGUUGCCUUUGUGCUACCAGUGGAGGACGAUGCGCUUCCUGCAGGUAUCAACAAGGCUAAGACUAAUGUAGGUUGUGUUCAUGCCGACCAGAAGGACUUUGGAUUCGUCCAUUUCAGAUACAUCGCCAAGGGGCUUUUGGAUGGGUGGUUUAAGCCUCACCCGCAUCAGCUUGUACCGGGUGGUCUUGGGGGACUACAGCAGGCCUUGACGGAUUUGAAGAAUGGUAAAGCGAGUGCGAUCAAGUAUGUGGUGAGGGUAGGAGAGACCGAGGGAGCGACUGCUCAGGGGUUCAGGGAAUAA